GAAACCGGCGCGUCCGACCGCCCCGCUGCCCGCCCAGGAGCCCGCGCUGUGGCUGGCGGAGGUGGUGCUGCCGGAGGAGGACGCCACCAGCCCCUUCUGGUACAAAUUCCUGCGGCGGCAGGGCGGCGGCCUUCUCUGGGAAGGUAACGCGCGGGCCCCGCCCCGUUUCGCCCCACCCCGAGGGCUGUGGACGGUUCUGAGCGCCGCGGUGUGAAAAGGAUCUAAUGCUGCAGUAGGAGGGCAGGAAGUUGGUUUGAGGAACGGGCUGAGGUGGCUGAGGGAAAACCUCGUUGCAGUCUGCGGCUUCCUCGCAAGGGAAGGAGGAGGAGCAGGCGCUGAUCUCUCUGGUGGCUGGUAAUAGAACCCGAGGGAAGAGUAGGAAGAUGUGCCGGGGAGGUUUAGAUUGGAUAUUAGGGAAAGGUUCUUCACACAGAGGUGGUGGAGCCCUGGAAGCAGUCAUGGGCGCGAAGCCUGACAACGUUCAAGCAGCGUUUGGACAAUACCAGCAGAUGCAGGGGGGUGAUUUGCCCCAGUAUUCGGCACUGGUGAGGUCGCACCUCGAGUCCUGUGUUCAGUUCUGGGCCCCUCACUACAGGAAGGAUGUUGAGAUUCUGGAGCACGUCCGGAGAAUAGCAACGAAACUAGUGAAGGUGCUGGAGCACAAGUGUUACAAGAAGCAGCUGAGGGAACUGAGGUUGUUUAGCCUUGAGAAAAGGAGGCUGAGAGAAGACCUUAUCAUUCUCUACAACUCCUUGAAAGGAGGUUGUGGAGAGGUGAGUGCUGGUCUCUUCUCCCACGUGACAGGUGAUAGGACAAGAGGGAAUGGCCUUAGGUUGAGCCAGAGGAGGUUCAGACUGGACAUUAGGAAAAAAGUUUUCACCAAAAGCAGCAUCAGGCACUGGCAGAGGCUGCCCAGGGAAGUGAUUGAGUCACCAUCCCUGGAUGUAAUUAAAAGACGGGUAGAUUAAGUACUUAAGGACAUGGUUUAGUGGCAGAUAGGAAUGGUUGGCCUCGAUGAUCUCGGAGGUCUUUUCCAACCUAGUGAUUCUAAGAACGCCCUCAGACACACGGUGUGAAUGUUGGGGUUGUCCUAUGCAGGGUCCUGUCUAACUCCGGUCGUUCGGGCAGCCCUGGCUGCGGGGUAGGGGGAGCGGGGCCUUCGGGGGCCGGACAGGAGGGGCGGCUCUGCGGGAGCAGAACGGAGGUGGGAGCUGUUGGCAUUGAGGCAUCACUUGCCCUGAUGGCGUCUCCGAAAGCUCCGGCUCUUGCCCGGCGCCCCCGAGCGGCGCCGCUCGGGGGCCGGCAGGCGCGCUGCACCCCGGCGUUGGUGCUGGCGGGUGUCGCGGAGAUACGGGGCUGCCUGAAUUACGCUUGCGGGUAAAACCUCUUAGGCUGUCAUGACUAGCCAUGACAUGAGCACUCGCUAGCAAACGCAGUUUUUAACGGCGUGGAGGAGAGUGAAUGCAGAAAGAAGCAGCUCAUUUAGGUUGGUGAAAGUUCUUUGAAACAGUUUCAUCAAAUUUUUUUUUUCUUCUGUUGUUAUGGUGGUUUGUUUUCUUUCUUUCCCCAGGAGUAAAGAACUCAGAAUUUCCUAAUUAUGCAUUAAGGUGUGAUUUGCUUACUUUAUUUCAGUAACCUGAAAUGUCAUGAUGGCUUUUUCAGGGUGGUAAAUUUUACCUUUGGAAUUGCUGAAAUUGCUGGGGAAAAGUCCUAUCACAGCUUUUCCAGUUUUCUUGCAGUUUCAGUAGUACUUCCAGUAUGAUUUUCUCCUUUUUAGUAUAGUCAAAUGUUGAAGAACUUCAGUCACCUUCCAUGUGCUGUUCCUGUAUGUGCAAUUGAAGUAUCUUAAAUAAAAGAGAACACCCUACAAUUGUAUGCUGAGUCAAAUAAAGCUCUAAAUAUACCUAUUAUCACUGAGGAAUGGAUUGGACUCGAUGAAAGGAAGGUGGAUUACUAGGAAAAGUGAAUUUAUGGAAUAAAAAUCUUUGCAUCUGUCCAAGGAAGCAGAAUUGUGUCUCUUUUGAAGGUGCCAAGUUGUACAUAACGUGACGAUGAUAUUGGCAUAUAAAGAGGUCCUCAUCACAUAGAGCAUGGAAAUAAUAAUAGUGUGUUUCAGUCUUUAGAGGGUCUGUAAUUGUAAGGUGAUGGCUGCUGUCUAAUUUGGAAGUAAUGAUAUCUCAAGGUAUUUGUCCAUACCUGGGAGUGCAUUUAGUAAAUAUAGUCUGUGUAAUAAAAACAUUUUGUUUUGGCAGUGAUGCUACUGAUGCAGUUUUAGGAUUAGCCUGUGUGGGAUUUUGUUCUUCUCAUUGUGAGUGCUCAGCAGUUUCAGCUUAUUGAUUAGCUAGAAUGACAGAAAACAAACAGGGAUAUAAUCCAAAUACAAAGUUUCUUUUUUUUUAAUUAUUCAUAUCAAACAUUUUUUCCUAAGUUGUUAUUUACAAGAAAGAACUAAUUUUGCUUAACCCUGAAAUGUAUUGUUCUUCAUGUAUUGCAUGAAGGGAACUUAAGGAUGUUUUUCUGUCCAAUGAUUAAACAAUAUCUUGCUGUCCUUUUUUAUGUCAUUUGUUGUAAUGAUUUUUUUAAAUUGUAGAUUACUAAAAGUUUUGUCUGUCACCUGUUUACUCUUGUAAAAAUCACAGUUUGAAAAUGCAACUACCUUUUUUUAAAGAAAGAACAAAUCUCUUUUUUGAUGAUAAGUAAAUAUUAUGCUCUUUAGUAUCCUAUGUGUUUAGAAUUAAAAUGUGCUUUGGGAGACAUAGCAGUUACAGAACAUCUGCAGUUUUGAAGACAAGGCCGUGAGGGAUAGAGGAAAGUGCAGAAUGAUACUUGCAAAGCAAGUUUUAUCAGUUGAGGCAUUCAUCUGUAACCAGAGAAACUCCUGUCCAAUUAUGGGUGUUAGAUGCUUACAUACACUGGAUGUGAAAGAAUGUGUCAUCUUUAAGAAAAUAACUCCCAAUUUUUUAAUUAGUAUACUUUGUGUGACACUUCCACUAGUAAUGCGUAUACUUUUUCUAGAACUACAGCAUAUGUUGCGUCAUAUGUUUGAGUAUAAAUUUAGUUCAUCCUUGCAGUCAUUCCAGUGCAAUGGGGAAACUGAAAGAUAAAGUGAGGGUAUUCUGUGGGCUACAAGAGUCAAAGUCACAGGUCAGCAUUCUGUGACUUUUGGGUUCUGCCAGGUGAUCUGGUAGGAAGCCUUCAGGUAAGGCUUGGCCUGCAGGAGAGUUACUGGUUUGUUGCUUGAGUCUGGAGGUACCUAGUUCUCCUCUCUAGGAGAAUGAGGAGGGAGAGGAGACUCUCGUGCGCCUGAAGGGUCAGAUGCUUACCUUUGCUGUCCCAGGGUCCACCACCUAAAGCCAUUAGGCUCUUCUGGCUCAAAUCACGUGAUUUCUGUGUGUGUUGUGGCCCAAGUGAAGUUUCUUCAGGGAUAGUACUUUGCUUACCAGCAGUGAGGUCAGCUGACAGACCUGUUGUCUAGGAGGGUUUUUAACUAUGCUACAGUAUUUAUGGAAAACAGGUUGAUUAUACUGAGCUUUAGAACCUGUGAAUAGGUUUACCCAUUAGGAAAAAAAAAAAAAGAAUAUUUAUAAUUCUGCCUCCUCAACUGCAUUUUAUGUGUCUUUCUGUGUACUUCAGUUUUGAUGCAGAUUCUUCAGAACUGGGUUUAUGAUGUCUCUCUUGGAGCUUGGAAAGUGAAAGUAUAUUUUGCCUACUGUUAAAAUGAAAUAAAUACAAGACAAAACUUAUGCUUGAAUUUAUUUUUGUGAAUUUAUGCUUGAACACUCACCUAUGCCUUCUUUUCCCCUUUACUCUGGUCUAAGUAAAGUAGGUACUAUACAAGAUAUAUGUUCCAUGAAAGGACAGAGGAGUUACUAAGGGUGUGCCCUCAGCUGUAUUUUGAAAUGAUGGAAUACAGUCUAUUGACACCUUACAUCUUGAGAAGGAGAAAAUAUAUAUAUAAAAGGUAAUGGACCGCAUCAUGAUCGAAGUUGUGUUUAUAACCAGAGCAACAUAGUAGAUGGAGUUUACUGCCUUCCAAUAGCACACUGGAUUGAAGUGUCUGGACAUACUGAUGAGAUGAAACAUACAACUGACUUCUAUUUUAAUAUUGCAGGACAUCAAGCUAUCCAUUACUCCAGAAUUCUGCCAAACAUCUGGCUGGGAAGUUGCCCUCGGCAGCUGGAGCAUGUGACUGUCAAGCUGAAGCACGAGCUGGGUAUAACAGCUGUGAUGAACUUCCAGACUGAAUGGGACAUUGUUCAGAAUUCUUGGGGCUGCAACCGCUACCCAGAACCUAUGAGCCCUGAAAUCCUCAUGAAACUGUAUAAAGAGGAAGGUCUGGCCUAUGUCUGGAUGCCAACCCCAGACAUGAGCACUGAAGGAAGAAUACAGAUGUUGCCACAAGCUGUCUGCCUCUUGCACGGGCUGCUGGAGAAUGGACACACUGUCUACGUUCAUUGCAAUGCUGGCGUUGGCAGGUCUACAGCUGCUGUCAGUGGUUGGCUGAAGUAUGUGAUGGGAUGGAGUCUGCGUAAAGUGCAGUACUUCUUAGCUUCCAGGAGACCGGCUGUCUACAUCGACGAGGAAGCUCUGAUUCGUGCUGAAGAUGAUUUCUACCAGAAAUUUGGGCAUCUUCGUUCCUCAUGCAAAAUACAAGAGUAGAAAAGCAGAAGAGGAAAAGAAGGUGAAGAGGAAUCCUUGCAUUUAAACUGCAAGGACUUAGAAAACAUAAGUUGGAGUCCUACCUCUCCGCUUCAAAUUAUAAAGUUGUCAUAAAAGUUGUGAGAAUUUUGUUUUAAAAAAAGUGCCUUUGGGGUUUUUUAUUUGCUUUCUUUAAGCUGAUAUGAUUCAUGUUUUAGUGUCAUUUGCUGCAAGUAUGAGACCUAGAAACUCUGCAAAGGGAAACUAAGAUUUUCUUUUAAGUACUUGCCUACAGGAACUGAGGUUUUAGGGUAGGCACUAAAGGCGUGAGUUGAAAUAGAGUUGACAGUACUUCAGUGACAAGAAGGAGAAGGCAUUCUCAGAGAAACAGAUACAAAGCUUGACUGGAUUAAGGUUCAGGUUAGGAUGGAGCUGAUCAUUGCUCAAACUGCUCAGUUAUUUUAGGUGUAAUGUACAUUUUUGAAGUGUUUUCCGGAAAUUUGGAGACAAACUGCAUUAAUGAGAAAGAUCAGAAGGAAGCUGAUUUUUCAACUAAUUUUCUUAAACAAAAAGCUAAUGUCUAAUGCAGUGAACAAGUAUCUACUCUCUUUGCCUAUGUAGCUAAUAACACUUGGGUUAUGCUGGGAUGUGGCAUGAAGAGAGGAAAAAGCUCCACUUACUGCAAUUGUAGUUUUUCCCUGCAACAGAGUACUAUUUAUUGCAUUAUCCUAGGCUAUGAGAUCUCUAAAUCAAAGAUACAUUUUGCUCUUCUGGUCUAUGCAGUGCUGUACAAUGGGCUCCCUUGGUGCCAAGUCAAUCUAAGUAGUAACCACUGGGCUAAAACAGGACCUAUAGGAACUCCGUGAUAAGCUUUUGCACAUGACUGACAUCACAGCCUCUGUGUUGUUGACCUGGGUGAAUUUCUUCACUACAGCAGAAGUUCCUCCUUGCACAAGCAGUGUGUGGGUGUUCCCAGGUGGUAGAUGUAGCCAAGUGAAGUGACUACAUUGCUGCAUAGAAGCGAAGAGCAACUCUGAGGAGGGUUUCUCAAGACCUUAGCCUCAGUACAUCUAAGGUCAGUAGGCUAAGGUUGGCUUUGAGGAUGAUCCCUAAUGUUUUCCAGUGCUUCUUAGUCCCUUAGCUAAAUUAAGCAGUGGCAUGAGCAGCUUCCAGCCAUGCUCAAAUAAAACCAAUUUGCAAUAGGUUAAGUUCAAGAGAGAAGGGAGAGAAAGCUAAGGAAGAGAGAGUUAAGGAUGCAUAAACAUUGAAGAACCUAAUUUGUAUUUGUUAUUAAUAUAAUAUAAUAUAAUAUAAUAUAAUAUAAUAUAAUAUAAUUCACUCAUCUUUAAAAGCAAAAGUGUUAUUCUAUAUGUGUGGGUUUGAUUAUGACUUUGUUUCUGAUUUUUU